AUGGCCGGCGAGAUCCUCUUCGAGCUUGAAGAGGACGAUCACACGAAACCAUGGAAAGACAGGCUGGAGAGCAUUCCUGGCGUUGCAAAGGUCCGGCGACUGGGCCCGCGCGACGCGGUGAAGAUAAGAGGAAUUGAUGCCCUCACGGAGAACGAGGCCAUCCUGAAGGCGGUGUCGGACACCACCGCCAUGACAGAAGAGGAGAACGAGCAGGCGCAGAUCGUCAGGGCUAUCCUCGGGCCUUGGCAGGAGCGCGUAGUCGUGGUCCUGUUGCCCAGCCGAGCAGCCAAGGAACUGUGUAGCAAGGACAAAUUCAAGAUAGGAUGGUCGAACGCCAGGGCUAGAGCCGCACAGGACCUGUUGGGACAGGUCAUGCAAGAAAGAGGUGCCACGGUAGCCGUCGUCUCCGAGCCAGCCAGGGCGAAGAGCGGCGGUGGCAAGUGGUACCACAGCGGAGGCAAUAAAGCCGCCAUCUGGGUGGGGGACCCGGGUGCGCGGAUCGAACUAGUGUGGAGCGGUGCUGGCGCCGUUAUGAUCAAGUUGGACGAUCGGGAGAUAAUAAGGUGCUACUUCUCCCCGAACCGUCCACUGGCACAGUUCAAGGCAUUCUGGGACAAGUUCCCAAGAUUAGUAGAGAGGACCGGGCGGGAGUCCAUAGUCACUGAGGACGGCCUGGCUACGGCAGAUUGGGUCUGCUGCAACGUGGGCGCUAGGCCGACGUGCGUGAGUUCGAUGGGAACGACCAUCAUCGACGUCACAUUCGCCACGAGGGAAAUGGCUGAAAACGUGAAAAACUGGCAGGUGCUGGACCUCGAGACGUUGAGCAACCACCUGUACAUCUCCUACGAAAUAGAAGACGGGAGAACCACAGGGGCGCAGAGCCAGAGACCCCCCACAACAUGGAAUUGCAGAAAGAUAAGAUGGGGGAAGCUGGAGAAGGAAACCAGAGAUCUGGCUCUGGACCUUACAGACGACGCAGCCGGCGAUCUGAGGGACGUACUCAGCGCCAUUUGCAACAGGGUGAUGCCCAAGAAUAAACCGGGCAGAAGAAGGAACGCCUACUGGUGGUCGGAUGCGAUCGCCAGCGAGAGGAGUCGCUGCGAGAGGAUGCGUAGGCGUAUCCAGAAAGAUAAGAGAAGAAAUAUCUGCACCCGAGACGCGCAGGAGGAAUACAAGGAAGUACAACGCAGGCUGCGGAGAAACAUCGCAAAGAGAAAAGACGAAGUUUGGAGAGAUCUGCUGAAGACAGUGGAACAAGACCCCUGGGGAAAAGCGUACAAGGUGGUAUGCGGAAAAUUAGCAGGGAGGAGCAGGACAAUGCUCGAGGAGGACGAACACCGACGGGUGCUCAGCAUGCUGUUUCCCGACGGUCCACUGCCGGAGGAACUCCGUCGAUAA